AUAAACAUAAAUACUUAGAUCAGAGCUUUUACCUUGUAUAGCAGAGAUAACAGUUUCGAGUGCAGUUAUGCUAGCAUAUUUAACCAUUUUGUUGCUUCUUUCUGUUGGUUUGACAGAUGGAUUAAGGUGCUUUAACUGCUUAAACAGCCUCAAUCCGUUAAGCUGCAAUACAACCGAUGUAUGCGCAGCGGGACAGUCAUGUUUUCAACAACGAAGAGCAACAUCACAGGGAGUGGUUUUUGAUAUGGGAUGUCGUGACACUCAGGUGUGUGCUUUGUCAGCAAUGCCUUCUGUUGUGAUUGGAAAGCGUUCUGUAGCGAAGCGACAAACCGCAAACUGUCAUGAAUGCUGCUCGGAGAACAAUUGCAAUGGAAACCUGUGUCCGAACUCAAACUCAACUGCACACGUUCGAUUGGUGGGAACGAUUUACCCUAACCAAGGCAUGGUAGAAGUGUCCGUCGACGGUGGUAAUACAUGGGGCACAAUCUGCGAUGACAACUUCGGCACUCAUGAGGCGCAAGUGGUCUGUGCGAUGUUGGGAUAUGACAGAUACGAUGCGUCAUCGGUAGGAGGUGCAUACUUCGCCCAAGGGCAAAUGUCAGAAAGAAGUCUUCUAAAUAACGUAAAAUGCGUCGGUACCGAAAGUUCCAUUUUAGAAUGCCAACACAGUGGAUCAAACUGUGGUCACAACGAAGAUGUUGCGGUGACUUGUGGAGCUGCAUUCCACACUCAAGUACGAUUAGUGGGAUCGAUAUAUCCAAACCAGGGCCUAGUUGAAAUAUCCCUAAACAAUGGCACUACCUGGGGGACAAUCUGUGAUGAUAUGUUUGAUUAUAAGGAAGCCAAGGUUAUUUGUGGCAUGCUUGGAUAUGACAGACAGAAUGUAGCCGCUAUCACAGCAGCUCAAUUCGGUGCAGGAGAACGCAGGCAACCAAUAGUUUUGCAAAACGUCCAAUGUGCGGGCACCGAGAGUUCCAUUCUAGAAUGUCAACAUAAUAUUGUGAAUGUCCAUACUUGCACACACGCGGAGGAUGUGGGAGUUUCGUGUGAUUCUCUAUUCCAUCCAGUUGCAAGACUAGUUGGAACUCCGUAUCCAAAUGAAGGACGAGUAGAGUUGUCAGUAGACAAUGGUACAACUUGGGGCACUAUUUGUGAUAACAAAUUUGGAAAUGAAGAAGCUCAGGUCAUUUGCGGCAUGCUUGGAUAUAACAGGUCAUUUGCUGUUGCAAUUCCUGGUGCUGCAUUUGGUAAAGGUGAACUUAGUUCACAAAUUGUUACAACUGACGUUGACUGCGCUGGCACAGAAAAAAACAUUCUGGACUGCAACUACAGGAUUAUAGGCAUGACAUCUGAAUGCAGCCAUGACAAAGAUGUGGCUGUGUCCUGUGGGUCAGAAUUUCAUGCGUCAGUUAGAUUGGUUGGUACCACCUAUCCAAACCAGGGACGAGUGGAAAUCAGUUUCAACAACGGAGCAUCGUGGGGAACUAUUUGUGAUAAUAAUUUUCAAAAUGUCGAUGCCCAGGUCGUAUGUGCUAUGCUGGGAUAUGAACGACAAGGUGCAGUUGCAACUGGGGGUGCAUUUUUCGGACAGGGCGUUAUAAGUCAACAGAUAUUACUCAAUAACGUUUACUGCACUGGCACGGAAAGUUCAAUUAUGGAUUGCGGACGCAGCCCUGUCGGUAUUUCGAACUGUUAUCAUAGUCAGGAUGUAGGAGUGACAUGCCCGUCAGGAUUUAAACACAUGCUUGCACGGAUUGAUGGGUUCGGCCAUCCAACCGCAGGAAGGGUGUUGAUAAGUCUUGAUGGAGGUCAAACAUGGGGCACAGUAUGCCAAUAUAAUUUCGAUAAUAAUGAUGCUGCAGUCGUAUGCGUGAUGCUGGGGUUCCAAAGGACCGGGGCUGUAAGAACAUCAGCGGGUUAUUACGAUCUAGGGCAUAAUCCACCUAUUCUCUACGGUUUGAACUGUGAUGGUUCAGAGGACUCACUUCUCCAGUGUGGCCAUACAUAUUUCCGACCGGGUUUGGAUGGGUGUGGCUAUGCUUCAGAAGCUGGUGUUAGUUGUCAAACAUGAUCACCGAAGCUUACGUCUCGGGUGUCAUGAACAGAAUGUCAAAACAUAUGACUUAUGACUUAUCUGUUUCCUUAUUCAAAGAAAUACACUGAUCGAAAAUAAGUUAAUAAAAACUA